GGGAUUAAUAUCCGAGCCAUUUCGUACUCUUCUGUGUUUCGUACAUCUUUGUCUCAUCUUUACCUGUGAUUGGUUUUUUUCCCCCACCCCAUACGGCUCCUGACGUAUCCCCAGAAUCUGUGAAGCUGCCCUGAAAAACUGUUCCUGAAGACACCCGUGCUCCCGAGCCAGGGCGGCGGGACCCUCUCCCUGCCCACCCACGGCCUCAGCAGCCCUCAUGGCACAUCCCCUGGAUUCCGCAUCCCUCUGGAGCCGUGGCACGGACUCAGGGCUGCCGGGGCGAGGCCAGCCCACCCGCGUGCGGGAAGUGUGUCACACGUGGCGCUGCAGCCAGGCACGCACGCAGGAUGCGACAGGAAGGGAAAUACAAUCGAAUCUGACGGCUGUGGUAAAUUUGACUCGAAUUCUUCGUACGCCCUGGGGCUGAGGUGGGUGCCUCUCAGAUAAGCAAUCUAAUCAGCUUUGCAUUUGUGUCCCAUCUGGAAACAGAUUGUUGCCGGAGUACACCAGCACCUGAGAAGCAAGCUUCAGUUAAUUCGUUCAGCCGAGGCGAUUUCAUGCCAGAAUGCAGUCCUCAAACAAGGACGAUUGCACUGCCUAUGGCACGCAUAUGCAUGGUGCCUGCUCGGCAGAUCGGCUGCUACGACAAAGAGCCAUGAACCACCCCAGACAUAUGGGCAAGAUAAGGAAGAGGCUGGAGGAUAUCAAGAACCAGUCCCUGAAGUUGACAAAAGUGGAUUUCAGCCACAACGAAAGCAUAAGAUUGGCCACCGAUGCCUUCUUGGAUGGUGGGACAGACUCUUACCUCGAAACUCUAAGCAAAGAGGGUGAGGUGGAUUUCCUCUCCUCGGUGGAAGCUCAGUACAUCAAGGAUAACGCCCGGGAGUCUUAUUAUGCACAGGAGUCCCCAGGUGCCGAAGGGGCAGCCGCGCCGAAGCAGAACGACGGCGGGUCACUGCCUUCCGGGACCUACUUCCCCACCAUUUCUGACAGCAGCGAGCCGGCUCUGCUCCACACAUGGAUUACUGCAGAGAAGCCCUAUUUAAAGGAAAAAUCCACGGCCACCGUUUAUUUCCAAACAGAUAAGAACAGCAACAUUAGAGACAUCAUACGCCGGUACAUCCACAAGACCACUCAGGUGUUAGCCAUUGUGAUGGAUGUGUUCACAGACACUGAGAUUCUCUGUGACCUCCUGGAGGCAGCUAACAAGCGCAUGGUCUUUGUCUACCUGCUGCUCGAUCACAGCAGUGUAGAUCUCUUCUCGGAGAUGUGCGACAAGCUGCAGAUUUCUGAGGAUCUCUUCAAGAAUAUUUCAGUCCGCAGUGUUACUGGAGAAGUUUACUGUGCCAAGUCAGGCAGGAAAUUUUCAGGAAAAAUUCAAGAAAAAUUUCUUAUCUCUGACUGGAGAUAUGUGCUCUCAGGAUCUUACAGCUUCACGUGGCUGUGCGGCCAGGUUCACCGCAACCUCCUCUCCAAGUUCACGGGCCAGGUUGUGGAGCUGUUUGACGAGGAGUUCCGGCACCUGUACGCGCUGUCCAAGCCCGUGCGGGGCCCCAAGACGCCGCCGCGCAGCCUCCCCUUCCUGUUCAGCCGGAGCUGGGCCCCCCCGCGCAGCCUCCCCUGCAGCGAGGAGGGCAGCGCCAACACCCUCUCCGACUUCAGCAGCCUCUCAGCUGGGAGCCCCCACCAGAGCAGGCAGACCCCCAGAACGCUCAUGUUCAACAGCAACUUCAGCCCCCAGUCACCUCUCCAGCGAGUCAAUUCCUUCCACAGCUAUGUCUCGUUCACUCCCCCGCCUCCACAGAAGGCCAUCCAGCCUAACUACUAUCAGCCACACUACAUGGCCGAAAACGCCACAGUUCCCUAUAACAACGUGAACAUCUACAGACCUAUAAGGCUCAGGCAAGAGGAACCGAACAGGACAGGGUUAAGCUCAUCCUGGAGAUGCCUCCACAAAGCUAACCUGUUUGCAUAAUAACCACCUUGUUUGGAAAUCCAACUAAAUGUAGUGAGGACCUGUUUUGCAAUCACUUGUGUACUGAUGAAUAUAGAAAUUCUGUAUAAUACAAAUGAGGAUGAUUUCAAGCCUCUUGUUUUGCUGCUUAUGGAUGCUUCAUUUCCCUGAUUAAAAAGCCAAGGCUGCUAAUGUGUGAACCUCAGGUGCAUCAGGAUCCCAGGAAGAACACAUCUGAAUAGUGCUGCUCACAGUGCAACACUGCUGCUGUCUGUCACCUGCCCCUGGCGGCAUAUUUGUGUACCAGAAGGACAGUAACUGUUUUUCUUAUGUCCAGGCAACUGAAAGGGGGUAAUGCACAGUUUACUACUAUGCAUUUUAUGCACUUGAAUAAGGAGACUGAAGGCUGCUAUUUCUGUGGCAUACAGAGACAAAGCUGGCAGCAGCAGGAUACCUUUCUGCUCUCAUCAAACUUUAAUCUUGAUUUAUGGGGGACUGUCUUUGGGCUGGCAGGGAAGCACAGGUCCUGCCACAGCACUUAGAGUUCUCUCUGCUUGAGCUGCACAGCAAGGACUGCUGUUCCCAAGGAUUCUUAGGAAGGGGCCUGGUACCCUUGACACGGACUGAGACCGACAGUUCCGGCUGUGGAAGACACGUUCACCCCACGUUCAGUUCCACUCAUCAGCAACACGGGUGUGUCCCAGCACACCUGGUUACAAACCUCCAUCCUACCAGCUCAGGGCAACUUUUCCUUAUGCAGAGCAGCUGUGAAGGUUCAGACUGGAAAAUGAAGCUGAGUUAAAGAAGCAAAGUCCUACUAGUAACACAUCAGGACUGAGUUCCAAUUAAUUUAAUUGCACCUGGAUCGUUGAAAUCCUUUCUGUGGUCAUCUGGUUGAACGUGAAGUUAGAGAUACCACCGAGUUCUUCAUGGCCUCUAAUUUUUAAAAAUAAACUGGGUGUCUGUAGUGCCCAUGGACUGGAGUUACAAAGGGAGUUACAGAGGUUCAGCAGCUUGAACCAAACCAGAAAAACUGCCAAAUAACCCGUGAAAACUAAGGAAGCUUCUGUAAGCAAAAGUAAGAAAAUUCAUGAAACAAAGGAUUUCCAUCCAAAGUUACCAAGAUGCCUAACAGCUGCUGAUUUAUCAGUAGAUUUUUUUGUUCCACACCUGCUUUGUAUGGUUUUUCAUAUGCCUCCAACAGAAAACAGAACUCUAAACACGUUUGCUCUUCUGGCCUGUUUUCCCUGACUUCUCACCUGCUCAAAAAGGAAUACAAUUUAAUUAUGUAGACUGUGGAUGAUGAUAACUGUAUGCAGGUGAAGAAGGUUUCUCAUCCUUGGAAGUGCAAUCAUGUUGGCAUACCUAUAAAGUUUAAAGAACAUUAUGAAAGGUACAGGAUGCACACAUCCUGCUUUAGCUUCAGUAUGGGUGUUUUAUCCAAUAAUACCAAAUUUUGGAGUCCACAAUAAUAGUAACUAUUGCAUAUAAUUGUAAAUUCUGUACAUAGCAACAUUUUUUGGAUUCCUCCGGGAGAAGGGAAAUUUGAUUUUCAUUCCUAUGAUAAUUCUACUUAAUUAUCUGAAUAUAGCAACCAUUCAAAUAAAAGAGAAUACUUUUUUCUUCAUA